AUGGCAGAAGUGAAGUUAAUGUUCUGGGAAGUUCUUCCAAAACAAGGGGAGUUGUCUGUAGAAGAUGUAACCACAAUGGUGCUGUGUAAACCCAAACUUUUACCCUUAAAAUCUCUGUCUCUAGAAAAACUGGAGAAAAUGCAGCAAGCCGCACAGGAUACAAUUCACCAACAAGAAAUGGCAGAGAAGGAACAACAGCAAAUAACCAAAUGA